AUGGCGGAGGCCCGGGCGGAGCAGGAGGAGGAGGAGACGCGGAGGAGAGAGUCCGGGGAGACGGUGGUCCGGCGGCCGCCCGGAGGCUGCAGCAGCAGCGCAGCAGGUCGCCCAGACAGACGCAAGCCCGAGCAUCGACACAGCCACGGCCCUCUCUCCUCCAUCAGAGCCGCCAUCAAGAGAACUUCCUCUCGACCGGCGUCCCUCGCAGAGACACACAGAGACAGAGACAGAGACCGAGACAGAGACCGGGACAGAGACAGGAGGCGACCAGAGAUCACCGUGCUGUCAGCAGAACCGCUGGCCUCCACGUCCUGGUUCCCCGGGGCCGCCGGAGGAUUCCCACCCCCCCCUCCUCCCGCUGCACAGAUCUGGGGGCCCACGAUCCCUCCUGACGUCCAGCCGCCGCCGUCCUACGAGGACGUGAUCAGAGAGAAAACCCAGGAGCAAGUUCUCCUCCCUUCAUCCUCCUCCUCAUCCUCAGCUUCCAGGAUAACCAUCGCCACGCAGACCGAGCCGGGACCCGACCCUGGACCCGACCAAGGACCCGACCCCGGACCUGACCCCGGACCUGAGCCGGAUCCGCAGACGUCACAAGUGAGACCGGUGAGACCGCCGCGGCCCCCCCUCCUGUCCACGCCAGAUUCAUCCAGCGCCGUCGGCGUCACCGCCCACCAACCAUCGCCAUGCUGCCCCCUCUCCUCUGAGCUGUGCUCGUCCUCCGUCCCGUCCUCCGUCCCGUCCUCCGUCCCGUCCUCCGUCUCGUCCUCCGCGGCUCAGACGGACCGGUGGGAUCGGCGUCCGGCCGUUGACGAGACCCCGCCCCCGAGGCCCCGCCCCCGCACCAAGCCGGGCCUCCGGCCGCGAAGCAGAGAGGUGAAAGUUCAGACCCUGGUGAAGCUCCGGGAGGACGGCUGGGCCACGCUCGCCGCCGCCCGCUCGGGGGGGGACGGGGACGCCGACGGCGGGCCGAGCCCCAGCCCGGGGAAAUACCUGCAGGAACUGCUGGAGGCCUUCGGCUCCGACGACUGGGGUUUCCCCGAGCAACGGGGCGGCAGCGGCGAGGACAGCCCGUCGGAGAGCGAGGACGAGGACGGGGAGGACAUGGCCGCGCUGAGGGCGAGGAUACGAGCGUUUGAGCAGGCGGAGGGGAGCGGCGGCGGCGGGGGGGUGGACGGGCGGCCCGAGCCUCGGCCGCGCCCUCGUCUCCAGGGGCAACCGGCCAAAUCCGUCCCCCCCGUCACGGCUCCCAAACCCAAGAACUUCCCCCCCCGGCCUAAACCGUCCAGCAAGGUGUUCUGGGAGGACGGGGCGGAGCCGCGCGGCUCCGACGCCACCCAAACGGAGUCCGAGGUUCCCGGACCCGAAGCAGAGACGAGGUCUCCAGGUCUGGAACCCCGGUCCCCCAGGACCCUGGAAAAGCCCUCCGUCACCCCCAAACCAAAACCUGUCCCCGAGGACACGGCCUUGGGGGCGCCGCACCCCCCCGUUCCAGCCCCGAGGCCGGCUCCACCCAAGGCCACGCCCGCCCCCACCGCGGCCCCCACCGCGGCCCCCGGCACGGCCCCCGGCGCGGCCCCCAGCGCGGCCCCCGCCCAACCCAACCCCAGACCCCCACCCAGGCCCCUGGUGGCCCCCAGGGCCGGCGUGGGAGCAGCCGCCGAGGUCGCGGGCGGAGCGCCGACGGACCCCCCGCCUGACGGAGAAGACGCCCAAACCGUGAAGGGAAGUUUUCGUCCCAGCGUCCCGAGCAAACCGACAGCGCUGACGUCAGCUCGCCGAGCCAGCGCUCCGAUUCUGACCCCCAAACCCAUCACGGUCUCCCAACCGGCCCCAGACCCGAACCCGGCCUCCAGCAAACCCCCUGCACCUGCGGUGGCCCCCAAGACCCCGGGACCAGCCCCGGCCCCCAAGACCCCGGGCCCGGCCCCCAAGACCCCGGGCCCAGCCCCCAAGACCCCGGCCAAGCCCCCGUCCCCAGACCCCAACCCGGCCUCCAGCAAACCCUCUGCACCUGCCGCGGCCCCCAAGACCGCGGGACCGGCCAAGCCCCCGUCCCCGGCCCUGAGGAAGAGCCCCAAGACCGGAACGGCGGACGCUGCCACCCCGAACCCGGACCCUCCGCUGCCUCCACGCCCCUCAAGUGUGAAGCUCCUCCCCCUUCGCCCUCCACCAAUCAAAUCCAGCCCCGGGAGACCACCCCCUCCAUCCAUCAGCUCCUCGGCCAAUCAGACUGCUGCCGCUCCUCCUAAAGCAGCUCCGGCCCCGCCCACUUCACCUUCCGGACAGUUUUCUUCAUCAUCCUCCUCUUCUUCAUCUCCUUCUCCUGGAACAACCAAUCAGAGCCAGAAGGGAAAGAGGGGGCCGCCCCUGCCGCCCCGCCCCACACCGGGUCACCCCCUCUACAGCAGCUACGUGAAGCAGGAAGUCCUGAUCGUGCUGGACGACCCCCCCACCCCCCUGCUGGACCUGGACCCCCAACCGGAGCCCGUCCGGGACCAGGACGGCCCAUCGAAACCCGCCCUGGGGGGCCUGGACCCGCCGGACUCCCAGUCUAUCUUGCCGGAGCAGCCCGCCGAGCAGAAGGAGCAGCCGGAUCGCCCCCCCGUCAGCGGCCCGCGCUGCGCCGCCCUGUUCGACUACGAGGGCGAGGAGGACGACGAGCUCACCUUCUCCCAGGGCGACGUCAUCGCCCUGCUGGAGCUGCUGGGGGACGAGUGGGGCCGGGGCCGGAUCCACGGCCGGGUGGGGGCCUUCCCGCUGAGCUUCACCCAGGUGCUGGAGCCCCUCCCACAGCUGGAGCCCCUCCCACAGCUGGAGCCCCUCCCACAGCCGGGGCCCCUCCCACAGCUGGAGCCCCUCCCACAGCCGGGGCCCCUCCCACAGCUGGAGCCCCUCCCACAGCCGGGGCCCCUCCCACCGCCGGAGCCCGCGGAGACGGCCGUGACGGACAGUUCAGCAGGACCGGCGACGUCCCGGAGCCCGGACCCGCAGCAGCCGGGCCGGGGCGAGUGGGCGCUGGCCCUGUUCCACUUCCCCGGCCAGACGGCCGACGACCUGAGCUUCCACAAGGGGGCGCUGAUCCGGGUGACGGAGCACGUGGACGCGGAGUGGAGGCGAGGCCGCCUGGAGGGCCGGGAGGGGCUUUACCCAGCAUCCUUCACUCAGCCCUGCCCAGCUCCACCAAUCACAGGCCAGCAGUCCGCGGCCAAGGCUGUGUUCGACUUCGCGGCCGAGAGCGAGGACGAACUCACGCUGAAGGUCGGUGACAUCAUCACACAGGUGGAGUCCGUGGACGAGCAGUGGAUUCUGGGAGUUGUAGGCGGGAAGCGGGGGAUCGUCCCCAGGAACUACGUGGCGCUUGAGUGACGAGGCCUGUGGGCGGAGCCUGAUCCUGGUCCUGGUCCUGGUCCUGGUCCUGGUCCUGGUCCUGGUCCUGGUCCUGGUCCUGGUCCGGGUCCUGGUCCGGGUGGACGAUGUAAACGGACCGCAGGAACUCAAAACCACAGUUUUGUUUUUUACUUUUUCUUUGAACCGAAUUUGUCGAGCCUGAUGAGUUCCUGGAGUUCCUGGAGUUCCUGGAGUUCCUGGAGUUCCUGGAGUUCCUGGAGUUCCUCCAGCGUUGCAGUGACUGAACCGACUCAGACCUUUUUACCGACGCCCGCCCACCUGGACUGGACUAACUUCCUUCAACUUUUUAAUAAGUUUAAUAAACACGAGUGUUUUUAAAAGGCCCGUCCAGGUUGGACGUCUGCGGAGACGAUUCUGGACCAGUUUCUCUCCGUUUGCUCCGGUUUUUAAAGAGUUUUCAAACUCCAGCUCGGACUCUCAGACGAACUCUCUGAAUCAACGACAGGAAAGUUCUGCUGCUCGUGUUUUCAAGGUCAGCGCCGACGUCUGCUGAGGGACUGGACCUGCUGCUGACGCUCCUCUUUUUGAGAAAAUUUAGAGAAAAAAG